AAGAUCUGACAUUGACAUUUACACAGCAGGAGUCACUCACAGCGACCCCACCCGCACCAAUGCACACACACACACGCAAAACAUGAAGGGCAUCAAUUGUCUCGCCCCACUACUUACACUACUUACAACAACAUCUACUCGAAGACCCUCUACGUCGAGGAUCAACAGAGAGGGGGGCUCAUGAGGGUUCGUCAGGCGUCGGGAGGCGUCAAUCAUCGCAUGGCUCGACAGACACAACACACAUCAGGCCGCACACCGGUCAUAGAUGCUCUGCAGAUGCCGUCACUCAUGUACAUCGAGCUGUCUGUCUAUCGUCCUCCCUCGACCGCCCCCCUCUGCUGUCCCCGAGCCCGUCGCUCGCGUCGCUGUCCCUCGACGUGAGCGAACUCAGACGCCGCGCCACACCGCCGUCGCUCAUCGGACGCGGCAAGGGAUCCAUGGGCACAAUGCGCAAGCCCUCCUCAGCCAAAGCUACAGCAUGGGGCGCAUCACUGCCUCUCAUCACCACCUUCCCCGUACCCCUCCCUCUGCCCAUGCCCGUUCCCCCGUCAUCUCCAUCUUCGCUGACAGGGGCAAGGUCGUAAGGGUUGUCCCGCAGACCGGCAGAGAGGCGGCGUCUGUACGACGAGCUUGAUGAGCUGGAGGAGGGAGAUGGGCCGCUGCCGUUGCCGUUGCCGUUGCCAUCCUGCUUGGAUGGCCCCGACAAGAGGCCGCCGUCAUGGAUGAUCGACAUGGCCUUGUACUGUGGGUAGCUGGGCAGCCGGGAGUGGGAGAGGUUGACGGGCGAGUUGGCUCCGCCCGAUCCACACAGGGGCGUGUGGCCAGGGGUGGAGGAUGGCGAGGCCGAGCCGUUGCCGCCCCUCUCGGAGAGGCCGGGCAGCCCCCGGUCGCCGACGGACAGCAGGUGGAGCGGGGAUUGGCUGAGGAAGGUCUUGUCGCUGUACAGAAUGUCCUCCAGCCGUCUCAUGGCCGACGUCGAGUCGGCUCCGUUGCCACUGGAGGGCCACAUGAUGUCGACGGAUGGGUACGGGGAGAGGGACUGCCACUGCGCCAGUAGCGUCUCCAGCUCGGUGACCUUCUGGGUGAGGUUCUGCACAAGGCUCCUGCGUGUCCUCUCCUCCUCCAGAUGUCCCCGGGAGUGGCCCUUGAAUCGCUCGCGGAUCCGCUCGUUGAGGUCACGCUCGAAGUGCUCCGCGCUCGACCACAGCGAGUCCCUCUCCGCCAUCUUGUGCGCGAUGUCUUGCUGCACCUCCAGCCGGGCACGUGAUGUGUCGAUGGCCGACAGGGUGGCCCGCAGCUGCUCCAGCAUCUCACUGUGUGGCUGUCCGUUGGCAGUGCGGUGUGCGACGGCCGCAGCGGCCUGCUGGGCGAUGGCGGUGUAAACUGCGUGUUGAAGGGCAGCGGGUGAUGUGUGUGAGAGGUCGGAUGGGGUGGUGAGGAUAGUGUCGAGGGCCUGCCUGGCCCCCUCCAGCCGCGACUCAACCUCGGCGUCGAGGCGAGCUGUACACAGACAGACAGACAUAGUGGUGGUCGUGUGCAUUUGCGCGCCGGUGGGUCUCUCUGUCUGUCUGGUUGGUGGCUGACCGAUUUCGCGUUUGAAGGUGAGUUCUCCCUCCCACCCCAUGGUUGUGAUGGCGGACUCGUGAAACUGUUUCUCGUACUCACGACCGAGGAACUCCCACCUACACAUGCAUGAGAUUCAGCCAUGGCGCAGUGUGUGUGUGUGUGUGUGUCGACAUGGGUGCCAGAUACAUACCUGUAUUCCAGUUUCUCUCUGAGUGCGUAGUUUCUCUCCUCCACACGCUUCUUCGACUCGAGCACUUGCCUGCACGCAUACAAACGAGAGAAGAGAGUGCUGUACCGACACACAGUGGGCACAUGGUCUUACUGGAUGCGUUCCUCGACGGCCUCCCAUCGUUUGCGAAGGCUGGCGGGUGACGAUGCGUCCGAGCCGUCGCCCUUGUCCCUCUCACGCUCCCUCUCACGCUCGCCCUUCCUAGUCACCGCACGAUCCAAAUCGGUGAUCAUGUGCUCGGGCAGCUCGACCUGCACACACAUGAAUCCACAUCACAUCACCCCCCGCUUGUCUGUGCGCCUUGCGUGCCUCACUUCACUUACCUGCAAUAAGAGCUGUCGCAGGUACUCCUCCUUCUUGGCGAGCUCAGACACCGAUAUCGACUCAUCCUCGCCCCUCUCCCCCUGCCCGCCAGGCCUCGCCGCCACCCGCCCACCCAGCAGUGGCUUGGGCGGCGGCGCGACCACCGCCCCAAUGCCGCCUCUCCCACCCGUGCCCCUCGCCGGCGACCCCCGAUGCACCACCUUGGGGUUUGGACGGACAGGCGACCGCAGGAUGCUGUCCUCGUGUGAUGCCGACGAGCCAGAUGGCUGGUUCAUGCGCCAGACCGGGGUGAUGAUGGGCAUGCGGCCCGACGUGAGUCGGGACUUUGCCCGUGUCCCUCUGGCCUCCGCCGCCUCGUCGUCCCUCGCGUGCUUGAGGCCGUGGGUGGUCCCCCUGAAGAACGGGUGGCCGUCCAUGCCCUUGUCGGAGUCGAGCAGGGGCUGGCUGGUGCUCUUGGACAAAAAGGGUGGGAGAGAUGACGCCAUGGGCAGAGGGGCCACUGGGGCAGGCGGCGGACGGGAGGGGGAGGGCGGCGUAGGCCGCGGGGCAGAGAACGACGACGGGUCGAUGGAUGACGUCGUGAGGCUGCGAGAGAGGACACGAGUGGAGGUGGGCUGCUUCUUCUUCUCGGGCGUGCGCAUGAGAUCCAGCUGCACCACAGCUGCUGAUGCCGACGAGGGGAGGCUCUUGGGCUGGUCAAACAAACUGAUCGACGCCGUCUUGGACUGUUCGCUGGGAACAGGGGCCGGAGGGGAUGGGGACGAUGGGCCAGGGCGGCCUUGUCCCUCCCCCUUGGCGAGCUGCAGGUUGAUGCCGACACCCAUCUGCUCGGCCGUCAGCAGGCGGGACGACGAAGGGGCUCGGUGCAGCGGCCGUGAGGGAACGCCGUUGUCCGUCUCGUCUUCAUCAUGUGGCUCGUCCACCUCGUUGGCGGCCGCCCCCACCAAACCCUUUGGCCCUAGCGCGGCCACCUGGCCCGCGAAGUGCCCAGCCGAGUCCCUCUCGAUGGUCUCGUGUUGUCGGACCCAGUUCUGUUCUCUUCUUCGGUCGCGCAUCUUGACCUCGUGGAGCUGCUGCUGGGCCUUGACGAGGUCCUGCCGCAGCUGGUGGCUCAGCACCUGCUCGUUCUUCAGGGCCUGCUCGAGCGUGUCCGUGUGGGUCUCCAGCUCACGGAUGCGCCGGCCACGCACAUCCACCAGCUGCCGCAGAGCAGAGGGGUCCAGGGGGGCGGGCCGGUCUGCGUCUCUGGCUGGCGGUGCCGGCCGCUCUGGUGGUUCCUCUGGGGCCUGCUCCUCGUCGUCAUUUCUGUCGCAUUCGCUGAUGGUGGGCAGCGGGGCGAAGGCCUUGAUGCGUGUGGGGGUGAAGGCGAGCUCGUCAGCAGCGAGUGCUGGGGACGGGGAUGGGGAUGGAGAGGGAGAGGCGGGCUGGUUGACAUGGGGGGGCACGUUCUGCGAGAGGGACUCAUCCACGUGGCUUAACACCGCCAGCAUGUUGUCCUGAAGGAAGCAAGGGACACCCAGGGAUGGACGGAUGGAUAGAUGGAUGGCCUUUUCCCUCCCUUCCUCCCGGCCUACUUGGUGAGCGCUUUGCAGGGAAGUGAUCGUUUCUUGGUGCGCGGUUUCGGCGUUGGCCAGCUGCUGCUUGAGCUCUCGCACCUCGGUCUCUCGCUCCAUCAGGUCGGCCUCCAACUCAGACACGCGACUGCGAUAGGCCCCACCUGCACGCAAUCACGACCAGGUGAGUGAUGCAUCAAGCUUAUACGGAAAUCGAUUGCCAGCCGUGCCGUGCUUACAUUCUUCCUGCAUCGCGUCGACGCUUUCGGUAAGUGCCACGACGGUGGCCCUCAUCUCGGACUCGUCGCCGCCCUCCUCGAGUGCGGCCAUGGCGGCGGCCACCCGGCCCUCCGACACCAUGCCCUCCUCCUCGUUCUCAGCUAUCUCCUGCUGCACGUCGGCUAUGCGGUCAGACCGGAAGGCGAUCUCGCACUCAAUGGCCCCGAUGCUCUCAUUCAGCGACCGAAGGCGGGACUGACUGGCCUCCUUCUCGACUGUGGCGCGGCCCUUGGAGCUGUUGAGCUGAAUGCUGAGUGCGGGGACGGGGGAGCCACCUGACUCGGUGGAUGAUGGGGCGCUGCGACGGGGGCCCUGCUGCUGCUGCUGCUGUGGCAGGCGAGAGAGGAGUGAGUGUGGUGGUGAGGCGGUGGAGGGGCGUUUGGGUUGGAGGGAUGUCUGCUUGGGGGGCCUCUGCUGCAGCAGCUGGGCGCGCUCCGCAUACAUGCCCUCGAGAGCCUUGACCUAAUGAAGAUAUGGGAAAGUCGAUUAAGAUGGAGAUAGAUACAUUUGGGUGUGGAUGGUAUGUUGAUGGUACGUACUUUGGCCUCUCGCUCUUCGAGUUCUCGCUUCAUGCGGUCCUGCGCCUCCUUCUGCCGGCGUGACCUGGCGGCCUGCGCCUCGAUCCAGUGGCGCUUCUUGCUGAGCUGCAGCUCCUCCUCCAAACCCCUGUUCUUCAUCAGCUGCAGCUUCUGAGUCAUCGUAGACACCUCCUGGGUCUUACGCCUGCAACACAACACAUACAAGCGCUCACGUCACUCACAGACGCAGGCUGCGCAGCACGUGUGUUGUGUGUUCUUGUCUUGUGCUGGCUGACUGACUUGAUGAUGGUUUCCUGUUGCUUGGUGGUCUUCAUGAGGUCGUACGCCUUCUUCUUGUCUGUGUCGGCCUCCUUGCGGAGCUGCGCCACCUUGUCCUGCCACUUCUUCUUCCACUCACGGUAACGGUCGGUCUCGUAACGCAUCCGCACCUGCAAAGCGUCCUGCUGGGCCUUCAUUCGCGACACGUCCUGCACACACACACACACACACACAUCAGCGGCAUCCGUAUGUGUCUGCGGCUGGCCGUUGUCUGCGCGUCUGGUGCUGACCUGGUGUAGCUGCCGCAGCUGUGUGUCCUGCUGUGUCUUGAGCCGUACGAUGCGCUGUGCCUCUCUUUGCUGCUGCUUGAGGUCGACGAUGCGGCUGUUGAGUUCCUGCAGCCGCCCCUGCAGCCGGGCCUUCUCCUCCUCCAGACGACUCAUCCGCUGAACCGCCUUGGGGUCCUUGCUGGCCACCUCGGGGGGGAUGGCCUGCAUGUCACACACACACACACACACACACAUUGUCCCCCGCAAUGGUGGUGGCGCGCGUGUGUGUGGGUGGUGUUUACCGCGGGUCUGAUGGCGCGUUCAUCGGGGUUGGUGAAUGUUUGUGUUUCGACAUUGACGGUCUCGGAUGCGACGCUUGAGACGUCGCCCAUGGCCAUGUGUGACUCGAGCUCUGUCUGGAUGACCUCAAGCUCGCGCGAGAGGGCCGUCUUGUCCUGGAUGGUCCGCGAGAGCUGCUCCUCCAACUCCUCCAAACGCAACUCGUACCUGCACAGGUAGGUACGUGGGCUGGGUGAGAGGGGCUGCCUGGCCUGGUACCUCUGUUUCAUGCUCUUGUAUGCCUGUUGGUUCUUCAUGAGCUUGUUGAUCAGCUGCAGCUUCUCGUUGAUCGUCGCCUCCAAACUCUGAUUAUGGCCAGCAAACCACACACGGGAACGUACCCCCCAUCUGUCUCUCCUUGCUACCCUUCCAGCGCACCUCGCAUGUCCAGUUCAUCUGCCGCUGGCUGAGAUGGAACUCGUGAUCCUCCUUCAUGUCCUCACGAGCAUGUGCCUCCGCCUCGCCGUCAGCCUCGCCACCACCCUCCACACCAUCACCAUCACCCUCACCCUGUCCAUCGUGCUGCAGCACGGCGUCGAUCAGCUCGCUCUCGAGAGAGCUCGUCCAAUCGCCCACGCCGUCCCGCAGCGCGCUGCGGCCAGCCAGUGGUGGCGAGUAGGGCGGGGGCAUGGAUGGGUCGGAGUGUGUGUCCUUCUUGGGUUGGGAGGUCGGUGGAAAGGACCGCGAUCUGCGGAGGGAGGCGGGGCCUCGUGCGAUGGCCAGUGGUGGGAUGAAUGGGAGGCAGCUGGGGUCGCUCCCGACGGGGUAGGGCGUCAGGAUGGCCAGCAAACUCUCCUGGUGACGCACUCUAGAUUGGCGGACAAGAGAACAAACGGCAUCAGAGAGGUAGGGAGGAAGUGAGCAUUGGGGUUUGCCUCUGUGUGCGUGCGUGUGUGUGUGUGUGUGUGAUGUGUGAUGUGUGAUGUGUGAUGUGUGAUGUGUGAUGUGUGAUGUGUGCUGUACUUUUUCCUAAAUUCGUUGAUGGUCGUUAGAUGUUUUUCGAUGACCUCCUUGGCCUGGUCCUCGUUGAGCACGGACUGGUGCACCAUCACACCGCCCUUCUCGCGCUGAAUCCACGCCAAACGUGCCUGAACGAUCGAAUCCACACACACACCAUCAGACACACCCUCGGGCUUUGAAUACAUCCCAAUCAAGACUCACCUGCAGUCGGAUGGUUUCUUCGUCGGCCUGUGUGAGCUUCUCCUGCAACUCCUCCACCUGCUCCACACUCUCCUUGACCUGCUCCUGCAGACUCUUGUUCUGAGCCUGCAGCAACUGCACCUCCUCACGCAACUCCCGAACCACCGAAGGAGACAGAUCGUCGCCAUCCUCACCACCCAACAGACCCGCGAAGGGCGGUGUGGCAGCCGGCAGCUCCGGGGCGCCGGGGAGGCCCGCAGGGGGGACGGCUGGCUGUCGGUUUGGGGAGACGAUGGUGCGCGCUUUGAGUAGCUCGAGCUGCAGCUCUUGUAUCUGUGCCUUGAGCCUGGCGAUCUCCAUGGUGUGGGGGUCCUGGUUCACGAUAGGCUUGUUCUUGAUGUUGCGCGCCCUGCAGACAGACGUGCGAGAGGAUAAUGAAUGCCCCCCAUUGUAUAUAUGUGUGUGUGCGUGUGUGGAGGUACCUGUUGGCGUAAACGAGUGUGUUGAGCGAUUCGCUGAAGUUGGAGUCUGCUGGGCUGAUGCACGCCACCAUCACAGUGCGGCUGUUGCCCCCCAACGAAUCCUGACACACACAUACACAUACGAAGAAGCGCAUGGCAAGGCAAAGUGCAUCCAUCAUCCAUCCAUCCAUCCUUCCAUCCAUCCUUCCAUCCAUCGUUCCAUCCAUUGACCUGCAGCAGGCGUGUCAGUUUGGAGUCUCUGUAAGGGACGUGUUGGCCCCUCUUGGCGGGAUCGCCCAACACAGAUAUCACAUUCCCCAGAGCCAGCAAACCUGACACCACACACACAGACCCACGAGCCCAGCCCACCGGCAAACGCAGGAAUGGGCGCGCUUCGGUCGUAUGUCGGUCGCUCGGCUGUGUCACCUUGAUUGAUGUUGAUGCCUUCUCUGAACCGCUGGCCCACGGUGCCGGUCUUCUUGACACGCUCGGAACCGGCCAGGUCCACAAACCGACACUUGGCACUGACAAGACAAGAAAGGCCAUCAUCCCGCUAUGAAUCACUGAGUGAUAAUCCCAUACAUAAUCGCCCCGCCCCAGGAGCUCUCACCUGAGGAAUUUGUCGUCGGGCAGCGCCUGCUCGAUGGUCACCGUGAAGACGGCAUGGGAACGGCUGAAUCAAACAAGGCACACAGGUAGGUCGAUGUGCAUGAGACUGACUGGUUGCUGUGCUGUGCUGUGCUGUCGUGUGUGCGUGUGUACCUGGAGUACUCAUUCAUGAGUGUGGUGCCAGUGGUGCGAUUCAGGUUGCCCUUCUCCAGGCACCGCAACACCUCAGAGGGCUUCUUGACCUGACACACCACACGAGAGAGAGGAGAGAAACGAUGACGUGCUGACGAUGCGGCUGUUGAAUGCUGUGAAUGCUGUGUGCAUGAUAUGAUGCCUACCUACCUCCACUUCCUUGACGCCCAGCAGGAUCUGCUGCCCGGACGUGUCCUCGCGGAUCAUGAUGGCCCUGUGAGUGGGUGGGCAGACAAGACACGAAGGAGAGGAAAGGACACACCCGUCCCGUGGCCACCCAUUCGUUCGUUCGCUCCAUAUCCCUGCCGCCCUCCCGUCCCGCUCACUUACUUGUUCUUGGCCCCGUAUGAGGUGUCGAGGAGGUCUCCGAAGUCCUCGUUGUGCAGCUCGACGUAGGAGCACUUGACCAUGAACUCUAUGUCCUCCCGCUUGCUGCUGUACAUGCAGCGGAAGAUGCUAUUCACAGCGCGGGGAAUGAUACCAAGAGUCUCACUGACACACACACAGACAGAAUAGCAAGGCAACCAAAGCAUUCAUCUGUCCGUCCGUCCGCUGGCCAACGUGCUUUCGAUAUCAUGGGCAUGUCACACAGGUACGUACCUGUCCUGCGAGAGUAUGGAUGAGCCUGGGACGCCUGACAUGGUGUAGGUCUUGCCUGCGCCCGUCUGGCCGUAGGCGAGAAUGGUGGCAUUGAGCCCCUCAAACAGCCCCUCCACCAGCGGAUUGGCCGUCGUGUUGGCCACCACCUGCGCACACACAAAUCGACAGCAGGGCAGGCAGGAAACAGACAUGGAUGGAUGGAUGAAUGCAUCAAGACGAAUGGCCUUAUCGUUGCGCAUCGUACCUCUUGUGUAUCGGUGGCAUUAUAGACGUCGUCGUAGGUGAAGGUCUUAUCUCGGCCUAUCACAAUCUGGUUGGUCUCAGGGAACACCCUCACGCAUUCUCGGCAGCGCUCCAGGAUCUCCUUCGGGCUCAGCGGCCGCACGCGGACCGCCACGCGCACUUGUUCGGAUCCACCACUUGACACAGGGGCCGACCAGGGGUUGGCUGAUGAUGCAGCCGCUGAUGCAACGCCCUCUACUUCCUCCAUUUGGAGCAUC